UGCCAUGCAUUCACCAAGACCCCUUUUCUGCCAGCGACCUUCACGAAGGAACUGAAAUGAAGAAGUGUAAGUGCUGUACUACAUUUCUCCUGAGACAGAGGGUUAUCUUCCUCACCUGCACUGUGUCUCUCCUGGGUAUCCUAAAACUUAUGAACGUUGAACUGAUAUUUCCUAGAUCUAAAAGUUAUUUCGUGGAACCACAUCUUUUUUUUCCUCCUAUUUCUAAAAACAUCGCAGAAAAUAAUCCCACCAGUGGCAUUAACUGCACAGCCAUAUUUGAGCUGGAACCCUCAGAGAUUGGGAAAAGUUUAGAACUUCGGAGGAGACGUAUAUACGACCUUGAUGAUGAAAAGGUUUCAGCAAUGAUAAAGAACUGUGAAACUUACAAGAAUCUACGACGGUACCAUCUUAAGGCUUUCACAAAGGAAGAAACGGACUUUCCUAUAGCCUAUUCAAUGGUUGUACAUAAGGAUGCUAUAAAUGUUGAACGUCUUUUGCAUACAAUAUACAGUCCAUAUAAUGUGUACUGUAUUCAUUAUGACCAGAAAUCACCUCAUGAAUUCAAGACAGCCAUGAACAACUUAGCCAGCUGCUUUCCCAAUGUUUUUAUUGCAUCUAAAAUUGAAAAGGUGAUUUAUGCCCAUAGUUCCAGGCUGCAAGCAGAUUUGAAUUGUUUGUCUGAUUUGCUGGCCCAUCCCAUUCAGUGGAGGUAUGUCAUAAAUUUGUGUGGGCAGGACAUGCCACUCAAGUCAAACUAUGAACUUGUUUCUGAACUAAAAAAGCUUGAUGGAAAGAACAUGCUUGAGUCAUCAAAGCCAACAGAUUUAAAGAAACAACGCUAUACCUUCCAUCACGAGGUAAUGUUCGUAUUAAGCCUUGAUUACAUGAAAAUGCCCAGCAAAACAUUUACUGCGAAGAGCCCACCACCUUCUGGUAUUGAAAUGUACGUUGGAAGUGCUUAUUUUGUUUUAAGUCGUGCUUUCAUUCAGUACACUUUUGAAAGUGCAUUGGUUGUUGAAUUUUUUGAGUGGAGCAAGGAUACCUUUUCCCCAGAUGAACAUUUUUGGGCAACCCUGGUUCGUAUGCCUGGCGUUCCAGGUGAGAUUCCAAGGACUCAAGGUGAUGUAACAGACCUUGAUAGCAAAACUCGUCUGGUGAAGUGGAGCUAUCUCGAGGAAAGCCUUUAUCCACCAUGCACCGGCACUCAUGUUCGCAGCGUUUGCAUUUAUGGGGCUGCAGAGUUAAGAUGGCUUCUUACUUCAUCACAUUUGUUUGGAAACAAGUUUGAUCCAAAAAUAGACCCUGUUUUAAUUAAGUGUUUAAUUGAAAAGAUUGAUGAACAGCAGAAAGAAUUUGUUUCUUUAUCAUCAAGAUGA